AUGAAUUUUUCUUGUUUUCUUAUUAAUGUCUAUGGGCCGAAUUUGGCUGUGGAAAAGUGCAAAUUAUGGGAGGAUAUUUCUAAGCGUUUAGAGGAAGUGAGGUUGUCUUUAGCUAUUGUUGUUGGGGACUUCAAUGCCACACUUUCUUUCUUGGAUAAACGUGGAGGGGUGAGGAGGUUGUACAGGUCACAAUCAGAUUUUCAGUCUUUUGUUAAUGCUAAUGUUCUAUUUGAAGUGGAAGCUAAAGGAGGGAAUUUUACAUGGACUAACAGACGAAGGGGCUUCUCCAAUAUUACUGAGAAACUAGAUAGAUUCUUCCUUGUAGGGGAUUGGAAUUUAGCCCCUGUUGACCCUUUGGUCUUUGAGGCUGAGGUAUUAGCUAUUUCGGGAUCGGAUCAUUUCCUGGUCUCUUUGGUUGUGCAGAAAGAUGAAAUACCAAUUCGGGAGGUGUUUGGCAAUAUCUUUGAUGAAAAGAGAAGGCUAGAAGGAGAUUUGGGGGCUUUGAACGCGAAGGUCUUGGCAGAAGGGAUGGAUGAAGUGGACUUCCUCAUAGAGAAAUAUCUGCUUAGCAAAUAUGGAGAAGUUUUGCAGAAGGAGGAGAUUUAUUGGAAACAGAAGUUGCGAGAAAACUGGCUUAAAGCAGGUGAUAGAAACGCAAAAUUCUUUCACAGUUCGGCCGAGCUUCUGGAGUUAAUCCCUCCCUUAGUCUCAAGGGAGGACAAUAUCAUGCUUGAGGAACCAGUUUCAUUGAAGGAAGUCAAAUCUGUUGUUUUUGGGUUAGGUGGGGAGAAAGCACUAGGACCAGACGAGUUCCAGGCAUUCUUUUUUCAGUUUUUUUGGGAUGUGCUUGGUGAGGAAUUGUUAGCUGUGAUUGAAGAGUCAAGGUCAAGAGGCUUUGUCUUGAAGGAAUUCAAUUGCACUCUGGUGGCGCUUAUCCCAAAGAAGGCCAAGCUGGAAGGGAUGGAGGAGUUCCGUCCUAUUUCAUUGUGCAACACCAUCUACAAGAUCAUCAAAAAAGUUGCUGCUAAUAGACUCAAGUUAAUUUUAGGUAAGUUGAUCUCUUGUGAACAUAGUGGUUUUACUCCUGGAAGGAACAUUGUGGAUGGGGUGAUUGUGGCCCAUGAGGCAAUCCACACGUUCUCAGCUUCGGUUUUAGUUAAUGGUAGCCCUCAAGGUUUCUUUUCAACAUCUCGGGCUUCUAUGCAUGAGGCUUCGGCUAUGAAGAAAGUGCUGAACAGAUUUAGUUGGGCCACUGGUCAAGAAAUUAAUUGGCUCAAAUUGGAGAUAUUUUUCUUCUGCACGGAAUGUUGGUCUCAGAGAGCUAUUGCUAGAUUGUUUGGGAUAAAGAUUGGACAACUGCCUGGUAAGUUCCUUGGUAUGCCGCUCUUUUCUGGAGCAAGUAAGUCGGACAUUUGGAAAGGGUUGUUAGAUGGUUGCAAAGCUAAGAUGGAGGUAUGGAAGAGCAAGUGGCUUUCCUUGGCUGGUCGUCUUCUGAUGCUAAAGUUAGUUGUCUCGGCUAUGUCGAUCUUCCCUAUGGCCUGUUUUAAACUUCCAGGUUCGAUCAUUAAGAAUAUGCAGCAGAAGAUGAGAGUUUUUGUGGAAUGGAAAUCAGGAACAGGACAAAAUUCUGCUUAUGGCUUGGGAUAG